AUGACCGCCUCCACCGACGCGAUCGUGAGCAACGGCCACGGCCACAGCUCCAAGGCCACGGCCACCAACGGCACCAGCACCAGCACAGAUGAACGUCCCACCGCCCUCGACCUGAGCCACCACCUGUCCUUGCUUGCACGCUCGCGCCGUGCGUCCCCGCUCAAGGACAUUAUCCGGUACAUGGCGGUGCCGGGCAUCAUUUCGCUGGCUGGCGGUCUUCCUCCCGCCGCGUACUUUCCCUUCCACUCGGUGUCGGCGUCGGCGUACCCAGCCUCGACGGUCCUCGACCCCGAGACAGGAACCCCGCCGGCCGACUCGGUCGAGGUCGUGAUCCCCCGCCACAAGACGUCUGACACGGCGUUUGAUAUCGCAGGCGGCCUGCAGUACACCGGUGGCAGUGGUCUGGCCAAGUUUGCCGAGCUGUGCAAGGACCUGACGGAACGCAUGUGGGAGCCCGUGUACUCGGACUGGGACAUUCUUGUCAACUCGGGUGGUACCGACGCGUGGACAAAGGUCAUUACAAUGCUCCUGGAACGCGGCGAGUAUGUCAUCACCGAAACGCAGGUGUAUCCCUCUGCUCAGGCGAGCUUCAUUCCCAUGGGUGUGACUGCGUUCCCCAUUGAAGAUGAUGGAGAGGGCAUGCGUGCCGACGCACUGGAGGCGGCUCUUGCAGGCUGGGACGAGUCGCGCGGCCGCCGUCCCCGUGUCAUGUACCUUGUUCCCGUUGGCCAGAACCCACUGGGCACGACAAUGGGCGCUCAGCGUCGCCAGGCCAUCUACGACGUCUGCGUCAAGUACGAUGUCGUGAUCAUUGAGGAUGACCCGUACACUGUUCUCCAGUUUGAGCCAUGGGUGGUGGGCUCCAAGAGCCACCCGCCAGUCCCGGCCAAGACCAACGAGGAUGUCGCCGCCUUCCUGGACAGCAUGGUCAAGAGUUUCUUGACCAUUGACGUGCAGGGUCGCGUGAUUCGUCUGGACACCUUCUCCAAGACGCUCGCUCCCGGUGCACGCCUGGGUUGGUUCACAGGCAGCAAGAUGUUCAUUGAGCGUCUGCUCCGUGGUACCGAGGUUCAAACACAGAUGCCCUCGGGUAUCUCCUCUGUUGUCAUUGGCGAGCUGCUCAACAAGUGGGGUCUCGACGGCUACCUCCUCUGGAUCACCAACCUGCGCGAGCAGUACCGCGUGCGAAGGGACUGGAUGCUGGACGCCCUCUCUGCGUCCUUUGACCUCGUGCCCGCCGAGAGCACCAAUGUCGCCGGUGCCAUCGGCCUGGUCGCCUACCCCAAGGGCCAGGCCCACACCGGCCCUGCGCUCAUGUCGUUUGUUCCCCCCACCGGCGGCAUGUUCGUGUGGUGCCGCAUGUACUACCGCACGCACCCGCAGUUCGCGUCCUUUGCGGCCAGCUACAAGCCCGAGCACCCAGAGGACGGCGACGCGACCCAGGCGUUUGAGGCCAAGUUCUGGGUCCGUCUCGUCGAGGCAUUGGUGCUCCUCACCCCCGGAUGGUACUUUACCGCCUUUGAAGGCGAGGGCGUCUCAAGCUAUGGCCAGCCUGGCGUCGGCGCCUUCCGUCUCGCAUUCUCGUUUGAGCCCAAGGACCUCCAGGAGGAGGGUAUCCGUCGUAUGGCACGUGUGAUGACCGAGGAGUGGUGCGCGUAG